AUGGCCUUUAGACUUUUUGGAGGAAAUCCUUUCGAGGAACAAGUUGAAAAAGCUACUUCUGAGUUGCUACCAAGAGGCCAGGAUGAAAUAGCUCUAUACUAUGAGAUUAGUGAUAUGAUUCGCAGCAAGUCGGUUACCCCAAAAGAGGCAAUACGUAUUCUCAAAAAGAGAAUCACGCAUAGUAAUCCUAACGUUCAACUUUUAGCCUUAAACCUAACGGACACAUGCGUUAAAAAUGGUGGAGGUCAUUUCUUAAUUGAAAUUGCAUCUCGAGAUUUCGUAGAUACGUUAGCUUCAAUGGUUAGAUCACCGAAUGUACAUAAUCCUGAAGUGACAGAGAAAAUACUCGCACUGAUUCAGACAUGGGGUUUAGCUUUUGAAAAAAAGCCCGAACUUACUUACGUCACAGAUACAUAUCGACUGUUGAAACAGGAAGGUUAUGUAUUUCCUAAAGUUGAUAAGGCGAAUGCAAUAAUGGUUGAUUCCGCAGCGCCACCCGAAUGGUCAGACAGCGAUUUUUGCAUGCGGUGUAGAACGCCGUUCACGUUUACAAAUAGAAAGCAUCAUUGUAGAAAUUGUGGUCAGACUUUUUGUGGAGAAUGUUCGUCCAAAAAUGUAGCAUUACCUCAUAUAGGUAUAAACGAUCCGGUACGGGUGUGUGAUGCGUGUUUUAUAAAAAAACAAUUGAAAACGAUAAGUUCCACCGCUGAUCCCUCCGUUACAAAAUCCUUUUCGAGUUCUGCGCCAUCAACUCUGUACUCGAGUUUUCCACCUUUGAGUAACGGAAACGACAAUACAUCUAAUAUUCAAGAAACACAUGAAGAAAAUGAUGAUGAAUUGAAGAAAGCAAUCGAGCUUUCUUUAAAGGAAGCCGAAUACAAUAAAAAUUACGUACAACCUGCACUUCAAAGGGCUGCUGCUAGGAGUUCUGAGCCUUUAAAAAAAUUGGAACAAGAAGCCGAAGAAGACAUCGCUGCUGCAAUUGAGGCUUCCCUUCGUGACAUGCAAAUCAAUAGCAAUCGAUAUCCGUCUUCGGUAUUUAAUGCAUUGGAUUCAUCACCCUACAAUUUAACUUUGUCAUCCAAUGAAUUGUCUCCAAUCGAGGCCGAAAACAUUCACCAUUUUUCAGAAUUGCUUGAGCGGAUUCAACAAAGUGGAAGUGACUUGAUGAGAGAUCGUCAGAUUCAGGAAUUGCACGGAAAAAUUGGCGAAUUAAAACCAAAAUUGACAAAAAGUUUGACCGAAACCAUACAGAAACAUCAGGAUCUUGUUGAUAUGCACGAAAAAUUAACGCAUGCUGCAAAAUUAUAUGACAAGCUUUUGGAGGAGAGAAUGUAUAAUCGCCGGACAUCAAUAGCUUCAUAUUCUAUACCUCAGCGUGUUAGCUCACCAGUCGUUACUGGAAUUGGAAAUAUGUAUCCAUCUGUCGUACCCAUUACCCAAUCGUCUAGUGUUUAUCCUUACCCUGUUGCUUCUGCACCUGCACCUUCUCCAACUUAUUACGCAACACAAACCACGCUUCCAGCACAAUAUGUUCAACCAAAGUCAAUAGAUACUACUGCAAUCGGGACUCAACAAGAUCUCCAAUCUAGGCAACAACAAUCGCCCCAACAAACGCAAUCACCUCCGAAUGUUCCCUACGCAUACGCUUCAGCUCAGGUUCCUUAUGCCAGUACUCAAAUCACCACUGACGCUAUAAAUAGUACGUCGGCACCCGUUGAUUACAAUGCAAUUCAACCUCAACAAGGGUAUGCGAUACCAACGAAUGGUACUUCUGCUUAUGCACCUCAACCGACCUAUGGUGCUGAUAUUGGAUAUCAAUGUCAACAACAAGCAGUACCAUCUCAGCAACCCGAUUAUUAUUCAUAUGCCCCGCAAUCGUCUUCAUCGCAAAUUAUUCCUCAAACACAAACGCCAAAAUUAGAGGAAGCGCCGCCGUUGAUCGAACUUUAA